CGAGCGACUUAGGACCGAGGACCCGAGGCGGCAGAUCUGAACUUGCGGAGGAUAAAACCCAAACUUUAACUGCACCAACCCGCACCUCACGCGUGAAGCAAACGACGGGUUAUCUUUUUUUUUUUUUUCAAGAGAGACUCAAACUUCAGUACUUGGUCCCUUUUUUUGGAUUGCUUUGGAGGAAACGGUUUGGUGGCAACGUUGGGAACAGUAAGGACAGCGUGGUAACUCUUAUUUUUAAAGAGACAGAUCAUACUUUUUAAAUGUUUGGGAUUCAAGAUACUUUAGGAAGAGGGCCAGCUCUGAAAGAGAAAUCACUGAGCGCCGAGAUGGAUUCGGUCAGGUCCUGGGUCCGGAAUGUCGGUGUGGUGGACGCCAAUGUCGCGGCGCAGAGCGGAGUCGCCCUGUCCCGCGCGCACUUCGAGAAGCAGCCGCCCUCCAACCUGCGCAAGUCCAACUUCUUCCACUUCGUGCUGGCGCUCUACGACAGGCAGGGGCAGCCGGUGGAGAUCGAGCGCACGGCCUUCGUGGACUUCGUGGAGAACGACAAGGAACAAGGCAACGAGAAGACCAACAAUGGCACCCACUACAAGUUACAGCUCCUCUACAGCAACGGUGUCCGCACGGAGCAGGACCUGUACGUCAGGCUCAUUGACUCGGUCACUAAGCAGCCCAUAGCAUACGAAGGACAAAAUAAGAAUCCGGAAAUGUGCCGAGUUCUUCUGACACACGAAGUCAUGUGCAGUCGAUGCUGUGAAAAGAAAAGUUGUGGAAACCGAAAUGAGACUCCUUCAGACCCUGUCAUCAUCGACAGAUUCUUUUUAAAAUUUUUCCUCAAGUGCAAUCAGAAUUGUUUGAAAACAGCAGGAAACCCGAGGGACAUGAGAAGGUUCCAGGUUGUGUUAUCAACAACAGUGAAUGUGGAUGGACAUGUGUUGGCUGUUUCUGACAACAUGUUUGUUCAUAACAACUCAAAGCAUGGGCGGAGAGCGAGAAGACUGGACCCUUCGGAAGCUACCCCCUGCAUCAAAGCCAUUAGCCCAAGUGAAGGCUGGACCACAGGAGGAGCCAUGGUCAUCAUCAUUGGGGACAACUUCUUUGAUGGCCUCCAAGUGGUGUUUGGGACUAUGCUUGUAUGGAGCGAGCUAAUCACUCCUCAUGCUAUCAGAGUUCAGACUCCUCCUCGACACAUCCCUGGAGUGGUGGAAGUGACUUUAUCUUAUAAAUCCAAGCAGUUCUGCAAAGGCGCUCCAGGAAGGUUCAUUUACACAGCAUUAAAUGAACCCACCAUAGACUACGGCUUCCAGAGGCUGCAGAAAGUCAUCCCAAGGCAUCCUGGAGAUCCUGAGAGAUUAGCUAAGGAAAUGCUGUUGAAAAGAGCUGCGGAUCUCGUGGAGGCCCUCUACGGCACACCACACAAUAACCAGGACAUCAUUUUGAAGCGAGCCGCAGAUAUUGCUGAAGCCCUCUACAGUGUCCCCCGGAAUCCCAGCCAGAUCCCAGCUCUCUCCAGCUCUCCAGCUCACAGUGGCAUGAUGGGCAUCAAUUCUUAUGGCAGCCAACUUGGGGUCAGCAUCUCAGAGUCAACACAGGGAAAUAAUCAAGGUUACAUCCGCAACACAAGCAGCAUCUCUCCUCGGGGCUACUCUUCCAGCUCUACCCCUCAGCAGUCUAAUUACAGCACCUCCAGUAACAGUAUGAAUGGCUACAGCAACGUCCCCAUGGCCAACCUGGGCGUUCCAGGGUCACCAGGAUUUCUAAACGGCUCCCCCACAGGCUCCCCUUAUGGAAUCAUGUCAUCCAGCCCCACUGUUGGAUCGUCCAGCACGUCUUCCAUCCUCCCAUUUUCCUCUUCAGUCUUUCCUGCUGUCAAACAGAAGAGUGCCUUUGCCCCUGUCAUCAGGCCCCAAGGCUCCCCUUCGCCCGCCUGCUCCAGUGGCAAUGGGAAUGGAUUCAGAGCCAUGACCGGACUUGUCGUGCCCCCGAUGUAAAGAAGAGGAAGAGCUGCUUUCUUAUAGCACAAAACUACUUACUCUGAUGGACCAACAAUGAAGAAAGCACUAUUAGGUCUUUGGGGAGAGUUGUGCCCCCCAAAUGAACGGAUGGACAGAUUUGGGUAUACGAGGAGCUGCUUGUUACCUGGUCUCUCCUUCCUUGUGUAGCUCUGAUGGUGGCUAUACAAACUGACCCUCUUGGGGACAAGGACAAAAGAUGUCAUUGACGUAGUCAGUGCUAAAAGCAGAAAUGCAAUUCUUUGUUAUGAACAUUAUAAGAACCACCUUCCUAUGUUUGUAAAAUAUUUAAAAAAAUUGGCAAACAAUUCAAGCUUAAUAUUUUGGAUACUAUUUGUUUUUCUUUGUAGGAAAAAAAAGUUGAAAGUUUCUAUUUUCUAUGAAGCCUUUCAGAUACCAAUUUAGUUUAUGCAGAAAAAAACUGAACAAAACAGGGUACCAGCAUGGAAGACUUUCUUAAAAUGAAACCCGAAUUGAAUGACAUGUUGUUGUAUGUGUGUUUGCUUAUAGUUUAAUCUCUUUAAAAAA